GCAGCCAAUGGCACAUGGUGGAGGAUAAAACACACUGCCCAGGAUCUGAGAAUACACUCUCACACACACAGACCAAGACAGGGAGACGCUGGACUGCGUUACAGCCUCAGCUGAUCACCACUGCUGGAUAAAGAUUAAAAUUCUCCUGAUUGGACUUUAACUUGCUGCACCAUGUCUCCACGGGUGUCUCAGAGCCUCUUCGGCCCCAGUUGUACCCAAAUAAAAUGGAGGAUAGUUUUGACUGUGACUGUGGCGAACUUGAGCCACCUGAUCAUUGAGGGUAAACAUUAAAUUUGAAGACUUUAAGGCCAGACACAUUUCAAGUUUAUAGAUCAGGAAAAUUAGACAAAGCAAUCAAUUUAAAAAAAAUUUAAAAAAACGAAAAAGAAGUAAAAGUGCAUCUUGGCACAUUUCAUAUGACACAGCUCAGGACCAGUCAUACACUGAUUGUAUCUGCACUGUAAGGAUGCAAAUACAUGAUUUUAUAGUUCACCAUAUUGUCAGUGCAUUUUAAGUAGCCCCAGAGGCCAUUCCAUUACAGCUAGUUUACUCUAAUCCAAAAGAAAAUACAUCUUAAGUUAUUCAGACACCCUAAAGUUUAAUUUCUACCCGAAUUUCAUUUCUUAUAUUAAAAAUGAAAAAGAAGUGUCACUACACAUUUGUGCCUCACAUUUGACGCUGAAGGCUAGACAGGGGGAUUGGUAGUUGCCCAUAGGAGGGUCAGUACAUUGAGCCUUUGAGGCUGUGGGGGUAGGUGUUGUCCAAUAAAUUCCUUGCUAGGUGUAAAAGUUGUACUUAAAACAGGCCAGAGACCAAACAGUAGAGAAAGCAGGAGCUUGACGUGACAAACCUUGAACAGUCAUGGCAGAAAAAUUUGAGUCCCUUAUGAACAUCCAUGGUUUUGACCUGGGUUCUCGCUACAUGGACUUAAAACCUCUGGGUUAUGGAGGAAAUGGCCUGGUGUUCUCAGCAGUAGACACUGACUGCGACAAACGUGUAGCUGUGAAGAAGAUCAUCUUGACUGACCCACAGAGUGUGAAGCAUGCACUGCGGGAAAUCAAGAUCAUUCGGCGUCUUGAUCAUGACAACAUUGUCAAGGUGUUUGAGACAUUGGGUCCAAAUGGUCGUAGGCUAACAGAGGAUGUGGUGUCCCUAACAGAGGUCAACUCUGUUUAUAUUGUACAAGAAUACAUGGAGACUGACCUGUGUCAGUUGCUGGAGAGAGGCCUCUUGUCUGAAGGCCAUGCCAGGCUUUUCAUGUACCAACUACUCAGGGGCCUUAAGUACAUUCACUCUGCCAACGUGCUGCAUCGUGACCUCAAGCCUGCUAAUUUGUUUGUGAACACAGAAGAUUUGGUACUGAAGAUUGGAGACUUUGGACUUGCCCGAAUUAUGGACCCACACUACUCUCACAAGGGUCAUCUCUCAGAAGGUCUUGUCACCAAAUGGUACAGAUCUCCUCGCCUGCUGCUCUCUCCUAACAACUACACCAAAGCCAUAGAUAUGUGGGCAGCUGGAUGCAUCUUUGCAGAAAUGCUCACAGGAAAAACACUCUUCGCAGGAGCCCAUGAACUGGAGCAAAUGCAGCUGAUUCUGGAGUCCAUCCCUGUGCUGCGAGAGGAAGACAGGCAGGAGCUCCACAGCGUUAUCCCAGUUUUCAUCCGCAAUGAUAUGUCCACGCCCCACACACCACUGGCCAAGCUGCUCCCCGAUGUCAGUCCCCAGGCCUUAGAUUUCCUGGAAAAGAUCCUGACUUUUAACCCCAUGGAUCGUUUGACUGCGGAGGAGGCCCUCGCUCACCCCUAUAUGGCUGACUACUCCUUCCCCCUGGAUGAGCCUGUAUCACUGCACCCGUUCCACAUUGAGGAUGAAGUAGACGAUAUUCUUCUUAUGGACCAGAGCCACAGCCACACUUGGGACAGGUUUCACGAGAGCCAGCUCUCAGAGGCUGACUGGCAUUUGCACAGCACACACCACGACCCAGAUGAAGUCCAAGUUGACCCACGAGCACUCUCUGAUGUCACAGAGGAGGAAGAGGUUCAGGUGGAUCCUCGUAAAUAUGCUGAUGGAGAUCGUGAGAAGCUCCUGGAUGAACCGUCCUUUGACUAUUCCAGUCUGUUCCCUCCAGAAAGAUCCUGGCAGGAUGACCACCAUGAAAACAAAUACUGUGAUCAGCAAUGUAGUCAAACUUGUAAUUACAAGGCAGUCUCUCCGCCCUACCUGGACAACCUCGUCUGGAGGGACAGCGAAGUCAACCACUACUAUGAACCUAAACUCAUCAUCGACCUCUCCAACUGGAAGGAGCAGCAGAGCAAAGAGAAGGCAGACCGCAAGGCCAGAAGCAAAUGUGAGAAAAACGGGCUGGUGAAAGCCCAGAUUGCUCUCCAAGAGGCUGAGAAGACCCAGGAUCCAGCAGAGAAGGACAGUGAACAGGAAAAACACCAAACAGAGAAGCCUCAGAGUCAGCAGAACCAAGGCUUUGACUUUGAUUCCUUCAUUGCAAGCACCAUUAAACUGAGCCUCCAGCCAGAGCCAUGUCCAGAGGUGACCCUGCUUAGCCAAGUGGGCCUCCUGAAUGAGCUCAACUCCUCCGUCUCCCUGCUAGAAACCCCACGUUCAGGCUCCGUGUCCAAAUCCAUAAGUCAGGAGAAGGAGGAGAAGUGCCUGGUGAAUCUCGCCCAGCUAGGUGGAGGCGGAUUGGGAGUUGGCGAUCGGAACAGCCCCUGUCCCGCCCACCCCUGGGAGAGUUUCAGCUCUGGUGAGAGAGUCAGUGAAAAUGGCUGCUUGAUCGACGAAGCUUGCUGGGACAUACACAGAGAGGAUUACUUCCAGAAGGAGAGCACUUACACCAGCUACCUGGACCACCUGUUUAGUCGGAAAGAGGAGAGGGUCUCGGAUGCAGUGUCCAGUGCAGAAAUGGAGCCCUCAGAGGGACUUACCCUGGAUGAGGGCUUCCUCAGUAGGAACACAGAGAUUGUUCUUAAUGUGCAGCUGGACACUCUGGCUUUGCCUGGCUUUGAAAGUGCAGAGGACCUGCCUCUAAAAUCCAUCCAGGCAUCCCUGACACCCUGCGCUGUCAAAUGCUCCCCACAAAUUGCCCACAAAACAUAUAGCAGCAUCUUCAAGCAUCUUAAUUAAUAAAAAAAAAAAGUAUCCUCCCUCACAGUGCAGAAAUUACUUUUGUGUAUUUUAUUUUAAUGAUAUGGUAUAUUAUUAUACUUGAAUCAUUUCAUACUUUUGUAUUAUGGUUACUUUUUUGUUCAGUGUUUUGCAAGAUCGGAUGUGUGAUUUGUAACAUUUGAAGAGUCUGGGUCAUCACUCUGAGCCUUGUUGACAUGUACACCCCCAUUGCUUAACUGGCACGUCACUGGCACACAUACGUACUGUAGAUGAGGAGAGAGCAGGAGGUGAAGUAGCUGAGGAAAAGAUGGACAAUAGCAGCGAGACUGAAAUGAUGUGGUUUUGGUGUAACCAAGAACGAUGGAGAACACUGAAAUAGAGGUAGGUUUUUGAGUGUUUCCUGUGACGCACACAAACGGAGGAUGGGGUGUUUUUUUUUUUUGUUUUGUUUUGUUUUGUUUUUUCCUUCCUUCACUCACCAUUUCCCAACAGAAAAUCUUCCCGAUGAACCCUCUCAUACUGUAAAUUUGACACAUGAUGCCAGCAGCAACUAUUAUCGUAGGCGUUUAUGUAAAAUGUGUUAUCUACCUCAAGGUAACAGCCGCGAGAGACACUCGAAGCCGCACUAGUGCUUUACACACAUGACCAUCCUCAUACCCUGAAAUGAAGUGGUCAACGUAGAUGAAAUCUGUCUACUUUAGCAUUUAACAUAGUGAGGUGCUUCAGUAAUCAUUUAUUUAUUUCUAGCAGAUGUGAUAUUUAUUUUAUCAAAACUGUGUUGUUUCAAUGUGAUUAUUGAAGAACGAAGAGUUAGGAGGACGGACUUCCAUUUUCAUUUCGGCACUAUAUGGUUGUUUAAGUGUUCCUUUCAUGGUAGGAUGCAAACUCACUGUUUUGUUUUACAUCUCUAUCGUCUAAAUGAAUAUCAUUCUUUCCCUUGUCUUUUUUUAUGGGUGCAUCGUUUUUAGUGAAAAAUCUGCUUUUUAAUUUUGAAGAAGCGCCUAAAAAGUCUUAAUUUUGUUUAUUUUUUAUCUAAAUGUAAUGUUAAAAAAAGACAUUGAGUGCAUGGAGGCAAGAGAAAGGUACCGUUUAAGUAACGAGGAUGGUGAGUAUAAUGUAAAUCAGUUUUAAUUGUCCUUUUUGUUAAAUUUCUAUGUGCUUUUUCAGCAAGCAUGUUGAAUUAGGUUAAGGUGUAGCAUGUAGAACAUUUAAGGACUUUUUGUAAUCAUUGGUUCCCCUGUUCUACAAAAUAUCUCAAAAUAAAAAUUACGGGCAAACA